AUGUCGGAAAAUAUAGAACUAUAUUCUUUUUCUAUUAAUUCCACAGUAGAUAGUGAGAUUGAAGAAUACCAUGAAAUAAAUCAAAAAGGUAAAAAAGGAACAGACUUGACGGAAUAUUCAGCAAAAACAUUAAAACACGACGACUUUUUUACACAAGUCGAUGUAAAUACCGGUAAUCAGAGUAACGAAAAUAGAGGUAAAGAUAAAAAAGAUAAAACAACGAAUCUAAUGGAUAUCAUAACUUUUGAAUUGGCGUCGACAGCAGUGCCCAUAUCUUCAAAUAUUAUGACUUUUGUUGAUAAUAUUGCGGAACAACAAAGUAAUUGCUUAUUAAGAAUUCCUUGGAACCAGAAGCUACAUAAACCCUUCCAGCCGCUGCACUCAGUUUCUGAAUACAGAUGGGGGCGAAAAUCUAACAUGGUAAAUCUAUGUCCCGUAUUCCCAAGAGUCCUCGAUAGCGCUGUCUCCAAAACAACGAAUAUACCUGUACAAUAUACUGAGCCAAUAUUGUUCAAAAAUUUUAUUUCAAAUAAUAUAAACAAAGACACCGAAACGGCGCCAAAAUUUUUAGACAUAACCAUUGAAAGUUUAAAAUUUAAACACCAUCACACAUAUUCUAUAGAAAAAUUACUCAGUGUUAAACUUCUCGAAACUUUAGAUGAAUAUAAUGCAAAACAGAAAUUAAUAGAGGAAUUAGCGAAAGAGAUUAGAAUUAACAGAGAGACAAAAGACAAUCUUAAGCUAGAUCUUAUAAAAGUUAGUCCAAAUAAAAAUGCAGACAUACGAUUCGACGACACUGUCAGGAAAUAUACAGCUAAGUUGCUAAUAUCUAAAGAGAAAUAUUUAGACACAUUAAAGACUAGAAAACAAUUGAUUCAUAAUAUUAUAGUUCUAUGGUCGGAUAUAGAAAUGAUCCGAGAAAAAACUGAAAGUAUUACUACGCCUUAUAUAUUGCACAUAGAAACAAAAUGUAUGAAUGAUACGGAAUAUGAAGAAGAGUGGGAUCGAGUUUUCAAUAUAGAAUUUACGGAUUUACUUUGUAAAAUGGAAUAUGAGUAUGUUAGUAAAUAUAUUGAAUAUAAAGAAAUGAAAAAAGAUCAAAACAUAGAAUAUUCUAGGAGAAAAAAUCUAAGUAAACCCAAAUUAGAAGUUAACCAAGAUGUAUUAAGAGAACAGGCAGAAGAAAUUGUGAAUUAUGUUCUAUUGAGAGAGACAAUAGAAUUUAAUUUAACAGACGAUGCAAAACUUUUAUUGAAUAACAAAUCUGGGAAAAAUAAUUUGCUUUACACCUACUGUCUUGCAAUCUUCGUCGAUGAUGUUUUUGUAUGUGAAUCAGAACAAUGUGCUAGUAAAGAUAUUUCUAGUGUAGAGUUCAAUGAAACGUUUUCUAUACAAAUAAUAUCAGAUAAUACCACGCUGACUAUAGUUUUAUCAGAAAAUAGCGAAGGUGCUGCAUAUUUAAAGAAGAAGUUAUCAGAUAUUAAAAAAUGUUACGUUCAAACUGAUUUUGUAACAGAAAAUUUUGUAUAUAAAGACAUUGUAGAACCCAAUACUAAAUCUGUCGGUAGUGGAUUUAAUAUAAAAGAAAUAGCCAAACAAAAUAUGAUAAGACUUAAAAGUAGCAAUACGUUCGAAGGAAAACUGUACACAAAUUGUGAAAUCAAUUUAAGAAUUGGCUGGAAUGAAAAAUUAAGCAAUAGCUAUACUGAAAACAUAAAAUCUUCAAUGGAUAUAGGAAGAAAGCUCAAAAGACUAAUGCAGGGUAUAGAUAAACCUAAUAUAGACAUACUUGCAGAUAUCAUUGGCAAAUUAUAUGAAAAGGAUAUAGAGAGAGAUGACAAAAUGAUGAAUAUGCUGAGAAAUGUUUGCAAACCCGAUGAUAAAGUUGAUGAUCUGUUUCCUUUCCCUGAAGAAAGUAAACCAGAAUAUGUAAGAUUGAAAUUGUUACAUUUGAGAAACAUUGGGGGAUUUGUUAAUGUGGAAAAUAAAUUGGUUCCUCUUCAUGGUAGCCAGAUUUCAACAGAGCAAUUGAAUUGUCUGCAAAUAAGUGAGGAGAAGGAAUUUGAUAUUGAAUAUUUUCAUAGUAAAAAUGCGGACAUGGAUCCUCUUGAAAUGCAAAGGUUUAUAGGAGCUAAGUACGUACAGAAAUUAAAUAAAAACAUGCUGAGAAAUCUUAAUGAGCACCUUUUGAAGAAAACACACAAAGAUGUCGUUAGAGAUUUCAAAAGUUUUAGUUUGAGGAGCAUUAUUGCAAAUGAAGCGAAAUUUAUAACACUAGCGACUAUAUCGAGCAGCACAAAGCAGCAGUUUCUUAAUGAGUCAUUGUACAAAGAACAGGAGGUACAGGUUACCGUGAUAAGGGCUUUCAAUUUACUAGAUAGGAAAAAUAUAAUCCUCGGUGAAGAUAACGAGUCAGAGGAUAAAAUUGCAGGGUAUAAAGUACGUCCUCUGAGGCCAUUUGUCAGGGUGAGCUAUCAUGGCGUAUCGGUUCAGACUGCCACUGCUAUCGGCAGCCAUCCAACUUGGAACCAGACUGUUAAAAUCAAAGCCAGACCUGAUCCACUGUCGUCCAUAUACAUAAAUAUUUACGAUGAGUACAAAGCGAAUAUAGGUGAUGGCUAUGCUGAAGAUGAGAGCACUCACAGCAAGACGGUACACUACCGGUAUUACAACAAAUGGUUGGGAACACUUCAUGUGCCUUUGUACGCUGUGUUCACUAUGGGCAUGCUACGCGGUACCUUCAAAAUAAACUCUCCACCAACAAUAUUCGGGUAUGAAACACUAUGUCGAACGAAAGAGCGUACACAAUCUUUGAUACCAGAAAUAACCCAACUAAUGAAAAAGGACACAUCUUUCAUAUCCCUUCAAAUAACCACAAACCUCUCCCAUUUAAGUGGGUUACAGGUAUACAAUCAACCGAUACCGAAUGGUCCUGAUGACGAUUACCUGAUAAAACACUUGAACAAUUUUGUCACAGAAUAUCUGAAUGAUUUUCCAUCAAGAAACAUUUCUCUAACGUUCGUAGACAGUGCAGGACAUAAUAAAUGUGUAACGCAGUUUUUGCAACCAAUUCCAUUGCCUGAUUAUGAGUUCUUUCCUAAAAACCCCAAGAACAGAACUGGAUCCGCGAUGUCGAAGAGCUCGGGAUUUUCUAAAAGUUCUUCGUCAAAAAAUAGCGGCGACAAGAGGGAUGAUAGAGGAUCGAGUCAAACAGUUAAUGAUGAGAGAGAAUCCACUUAUGGCACGAGAGACGGGAGCUGGAGGAGUGGAGAUAGUCAGUUGACAAGACUGAUCAACGCUGCAGUCAGAUACGUAGCAUUAAUACCGACGUAUGAAGUUACAGAAUCUCAUGUUGUCACUUUGUUGGGAGUGGAACUCCUAAAAGUUUUGUACGGCUCUCCUCUUGACCACAGCAUACUUUUAGCCAGCUACUUCCUCUACCUAGGCAUAAAAUGUUGGAUAGCUAUCGGAGUUGGUCUUCCACGAGGCCAGACCAGUUACGUCCUUACCAAAUAUGAUAUGACAAAUCGAAGAAUUGUUUUGUUAAAUGAUCAGCUGCUUAAGAAGGGUUUGCUGCAUCGCACGGAAGGGUACCUGUGGUACGUUCAUGACGCAACUAGCGGGGAGAGGUACGAGUUGAGAGAUGUCAGUUGUCCGCUGAAGACUGUGGAUUAUGUGUUCGACAACGAAAACAUUUGGGUGAAUGUACAAACGUCUCAAGAAUGUGAAAGCGUAUCAUUUGAUUUUUCAAAAUCAUCGAAUUGGCAGGCUGUGUUUGACAAAACUGUAUUCGUAAUGAGACAGCCAAUAGUGAACGACUCGAUGCUGUACAGCUCUCCGCCGGAUGUGACCCGACUGAGGGAAGCUCUGGAGAAUAAGAUUAGAACUAAGAUACAGAAAUGGCGACCACACAUGAAGACCAUUUGGAACAGAUACUGCAGCGGAUUGUUGCGCGAGUUGCUACCUUUUUGGGAGUAUUGGACUUUCAACCCCACAGAACCCAAGCCCGGGUACAGUCAAAGGAUGAAACAGCUCAUGGUUACUUAUAGGAUAUUCGGUUUCCCGAUAAACAUGCCGUACGGGAAUACAAAAUCGGUCGUGUCACGCGUGAAGUCAACGGCUGCACACAUGAACGACGACCCUAACGCUGAAUUUGGACUUGCAGUGGAAGUGUACGCUUACCCUAACAACGUUCUUAGUGUAUGGGUGUUUCUAACUUGUAUUACUAGGAUAUAA